GCCGCCCCCGGUUCAGUGGUGGGAGAACUCGCUAAAACCAACGUCAAAAUCCAGCGGAAGCGUCAGUUGCUUACAAUCACAUUGGAUGCGUAGGAAACCCAUCUAGAUCGCGAGAGCUGUACACAUUCACGUUCCUGCUGCUGCCGUAGUGUGGUCGGUGCUUCGUCUCAGCCCGUGUGUUUCGUCUGUUCGCUAGCACCACCAAGUGCUAGAGCGGUCGCCCUCUCAGUGCAAUCGGCCAACAUCCCCAAGUGCAAUUCUUGUCGCCAAGAAGAAUUUAACAACGUUUUGGGGAGAGAGGCUAUAGCCAAAGAAACAAUUCUAACGCGCGCGCGAGUGUGCCCUUGUGACCGUACGUGUGUGUACUGUUGUUUUUUGUUAUAUUUUAUUUUUCCUCGUUUGGUGUAUUUGUGUGUCCCAGUGCUGCUGCUUGUUGCUCAUUUUUGGCAAAGACAAUCCACCUCCCGGUUCAGCUUGCUCUUCCCGGCCAGUUGCGGAGAGCAAAGUGCAGUUUUGUAGAAGAAGAAAAAACUGUUCUCCAUCGGAAUUGCCGUCCCUGCAGCAUUGCAACAAAUAUCAUCCUCAACGAAAACUCCCAACCCCGUGGUUCGUAACCGUACAUCGCCAUCCCUUCACGCGAAUAAAGCAUCAUCAGUAGUGGUGUCAUCUAGCGUCUGAAAUAUCCGUUCCAGUUCCGCGCCAUCGCUGUUCGUUUUUGCCGGCCGUCACAAACCCGCACAUACUCACAGAAAUGGCCUUAAUUAUGAAAUACAUUGACAGUAUGCAUCACUACAUGGACAAAUACGGAGAUCCCCGGACGAAAGAAUGGCCACUGAUGUCGUCGCCGCUCCCUACCCUAGCACUAUGUUUAGGAUAUGUGUACUUAGUCAAAGUUCUGGGCCCAAGGCUAAUGGAAAACCGCAAACCCUUCCAGCUCAAAAACACCCUCAUAGUGUACAACUUCGUUCAAGUCGUGUUCAGUGCCUGGUUAUUCUAUGAGAUUGGUGUAUCGGGUUGGCUAACGGGACAUUAUAACUUCCGAUGCCAGCCAGUCGACUAUAGUAACCACCCCAAAACGCUGCGGAUGGUGCAUGCCUGCUGGUGGUACUACUUCUCCAAAUUCACCGAGUUCUUUGACACGUUCUUCUUUGUGAUGCGCAAAAAGAGUAGUCAAGUGUCUACACUGCACGUCAUUCACCACGGAUGUAUGCCAAUGUCGGUGUGGUUCGGUGUUAAGUUCACUCCAGGCGGUCACAGCACAUUCUUCGGUCUGUUGAACACGUUCGUACACAUAGUAAUGUAUACGUACUAUCUGUUUACUGCCCUCGGACCGCAAUUCCAGAAAUACCUGUGGUGGAAGAAAUACCUAACCGCCCUUCAGAUGGUUCAAUUCGUCCUGAUUAUGGUACACGCUUUCCAACUGCUGUUCAUCGACUGCAACUACCCGAAAGCUUUCGUCUGGUGGAUCGGAAUGCACGCUGUGAUGUUCUUCUUCCUGUUCAACGAGUUCUACCAGAACACAUACAAAGUUCAAAAGCAGAAGAGGGCCGCCGCCGCCAAGAAGCGAGAAGCUGAGGCGCUUCUGCUACAACAACAACAGCAGCAGCAACAGCAGAAUGGCCACGUUGCCAACGGUAGCGCCAACGGUACGCUCAGCAAUGGCACCGGCAACAAGGCGGCCGACUACUACGUCCGCGGCGACCUUCCCGCCGAGAUGGAACUGACGCAACGGCCGGCGACGAACACGCACACGGCAGCCCAAUAAUAGCGGGAAUAUGGCAGGCCGGAUUCGGUUCUUGUAAUUAAUUAUUAAUUUAUUGUAAAAUUGUCCCCGGAACCCCCAUCCCCCCAUACCGUGUGUGUUUGUAUGUGUGUGUGUGUGUUAGCACGUGUGUGCAAACGGGAGGGUAUCGUAGAUGCCACUGGUUAAUCGCGUAUUCCAAAACCAAACCGAAAUCCCGCACCGUUGCGGAUGAUACUCGUUCUGCUACUUUUUUUGUUCUCCUUCAGUUUCGCAAUCUAUUGCACGACCUCACCGCAUCAGAUGGUGUUGCUAUAUGCAUCUUUUUAAUUAAAUUUUUGGUUUUAUGCCUAUCCGUAAUACUACUACCUCCCUGGAGCUGAAACAAACAAACAAACAUACUGGAACAAGCACACACGUCGCAAAGAGACAAACCUACUAAGAACAUUCAACCGCGAGGAAGGCUGCUAAAGGGCAAGGAAUAGAUACGGGCGUGAAUGUUACGGCUUCUGGUCUAUUUACGAUUUCAUGCGAACGAACUGGUCGUGUAUGUCUUUGGGCAUAUAUAGUGGGAGAUUAAGAGGACCGGGCAGCUUUAUUCCCUUUCUUGUCUUUUUUAAGUUGCUAAGAAAGUUACAAUGGUGUUUAAAUAGUGAUGAUUUAUUUUGAAGAAGAAGAAGAAGAAGAAAGAUGCAAAGUUAGACAGAAACUAAGCUGACAGGUUUUGUGUACAGAAUGCAGCGACGAAAAUGUAAUAGCCGUAGGUGCAAUGAUGGUGCAACAAUCAGGAAUAAAUCAAGCUAGCCAGAGCACACGCGCAAACCAGCUAGCUGAACUGAAUGUGGCAAGCGCCAAGGCAUAGCGUUCGUUUUUAAGGGCUAGUAAGAGAAUGGGAACGUAACAACGGUCGAAUAAAAUCAAGGAUAUAGUUCAUAGGAAAAAGUUCAAGCAAAACAAGAUGUCUGUAUGUAUGCGUCGGGGAGGAGUGUAUGUGUGUAUGCUUGAUGAGCGUAUGGUAAGCGUGUUUUACAGUAACGACACACGUGUUGUACAAUGCGAUGUCACAAUCCAGCAGUUAUGGAUGGUGUGGCUUGACGAUCCACGGAUACGCGUCGUCGUCGUCCCACUUUGCUUGUUGAGUCGACCGUGCACAUAGCGCACCCCAAACACGUAUACUGCGCGCUCGGUCUAGUGAGCAGGAAAUAGGAGCAGAGCAUAAGUGAGAACGUAUAACCGACAGCGAUCGGCUGAGGUGCAUCCACCCGCGAGGGUUUUAGUAACCAUUUUUCCGUGUGUCAACACAAGUCUUUUGGCGCUUUCAUGACACCUGCUCCCCCUUCCAUCCAUCCCUCCAUCCUUCCUGUCCAACCUUCCAAAUCCUCUCCCGAACUCACCCAUCUGAGCUUCCCGUCGAUCACCAGUCAAGGUUCCACCAGUCCUACCGGUGCAAUUGCCGUAUACCUGUCGUGAUGUGUGGUGUCCUAUAUUUACAUAUAAGUGAAAUACCAAUCUACUUUUUUCGCUCUAAGUCUAAGGAUUUUUUUUUAUUUUGAAGGACACUUUCGGCAAUAAAAUACAGAAGAUUUGAAAUGUA